AUGCUGGCCGCCAUCUCUGGCGUGCUGGGCGUCGUCAAUUUGGUGGUUGUAUGUGGCAAUAUUUUUGUUCUCUAUGUCUUGGCCUCACAGAAAUCCCUGCACAGCCCCACAAAUUUCCUCGUGCUCAGCCUGACGAUAUCGGAUUUGCUGCUAGGGAUUGUCAUCCUCCCGUUUGCCAUCAUGCAGGAGCACCGCCAGGAGUGGAUUUUCGGCGAAACGUGGUGCACGCUCUGGCUGGCACUAGAUGUUUGGCUCUCCACCGCCUCUAUCUACAAUCUACUCGCCAUCAGCUUUGAUCGGUACAUGGCCGUCCGGCAGCCCAUCAAAUACCCGAUCAUCUCAUCGACAAGAGUCAUCCGCCUGAUGAUCUUCGGAGUCUGGGUCGUCUCUUUCGGCCUCGCCUUCCUCCUCUGGGUCCUUCAAACGCGAGCAGCAUCAAAAUCCGUUCUCUGCGUCCCAUUGACCCUCCCUGACGAAUACAUCCUGUUCUCCGCUUCAUUCUCCUUCGUCGUCCCAGCAUUUGUGAUGGUCGCCCUGAACGUGUCGAUAUUUGCGACGGUGCUGAAGACGGGGCGCUCGAGAUGUGUGUCGGUGAAGAGCGGGGCCGAGAUGAGGAUACAUAGGGGGAAUAAUAGUGCUCGAUAUCAGGGCCUCCAACAGCAGCUCGUGCGCAGCAAGUCCGGCGACCACGACGAGCAGCGAAAAGUCACCAAGUGUUCGGUUGUCAUUUCCAGGGCUUCCAAUACGACCGCCAACACGACGCCCAGCGGGUCGGUGAUGAACUUGACGCUGGCGUUGGACAGCGGCCAGCUGACGAUUCGCACCUUCCUCUCCCACAUGAUGGUCGUCUCCAUCGUGCCGAACAAGACCAAGAGGACAGAUAUCUUCCCCCAUCUCGCCUCAGGCGGGCGUGGCCGAGGUGCCAGGUAUUCGAUGCGAACCGAGCUGCGGGUGGCCAGGACGACGGCUGUGGUUGUGGGAGCUUUUGUCAUCUGCUGGUCACCGUUCACGACUAUUUAUGUGUUGCAGGCCUACGAAAUGUGUUCCCUCUUCUCCGGUUGUAUCCCAUCAUGGGUCUUCCUCCUCGCCUUCUGGCUCGGCUACUCCAACUCUGCCGUCAAUCCCCUCCUCUACGCCGCCUUCUCCCGCGAUUUCCGGGCAGCAUUCCGGAAAGUGCUCCUCCGGAAGCAGAGCAGCCUCAAGAGUUUC